AUGAAACGAUCGCUGGACGUUGAACCCACUGGCCCAAGAAAGCAGGUUGAUAUCAAUGAGAACAGAAAACGAGAGCUCACAACUGUGAUAGUGAGAAAUCUACCCAAAAGUUAUAACCAAACAAAAUUAAGAAAAUACUUUCAAGAUUGUGGCAGGAUUAAUCAGGUCGAUGUCUGUGAGGCGUUGUCAAAAGACGGAAGAUUAGCGAGAAUUGAGUUCACGUCUUAUAAUGAAGUUUUAACAGCACUAACAAAGACUUUUAGCAAAAUAGGAAACAAUGAGAUUCAAGUUGAGCCACUAGUUGAUUGCACAAUAUGGAUGACAAAUUUUCCUCCCCAAUAUACAGCUCGAGAUAUCAUAAAUUUACUGAGAAGAAUAGAUAUUUUGACGGUUAGCGUACGCUUACCGUCGCUGAGAUUCAACGCAAAUAGGCGCUUUGCCUAUGUGGAUUUGACCUCACAAGAUGACGUAAAUAGAGCAGUAUCACAGCUCAAUGAUAAAACUAUACAAUCUUAUCGCUUGGUUGUCAAAAAGUCCAACCUUUUGGACAUAUCGAAGCGAACUGACUCUGCCGUUUUGGAAAGAAGAGAGAUCAUGAUACGACAUUUGAAUCUGGAGCAGAUUACCGAGGACCGCUUAAAAGAAAUCUUUUCAACUUAUGGCGCUAUUGAAACUGUAAAAGUACCACAUACUGGGGAUAGACAGCACACCGAUGGUUAUGCAUUUAUCACAUUCAAGGAGAAGUCUUCGGCAGAUGAAUCAUUGAAAGCAGAUCAAACUACUCUGGACGGUCAGCAGAUAAAUGUCAAGUUAUCAGAUAGAAAGGAGUAUUUGGAGAGACAGAAAGUGAAAAGAAUUUUGUUCAACAAGUCUCAAAAUGAUUCCAUUAUCUCAUUAUUUCCCUUGAGCGAUCAUAUCUCUAAGGCACAGAUUGAGUCCUUGCUUACAGAAAAGUUGGGCUUAAACGCAAACGAUAUGGAGAAUCUAUAUCUAGUUUCAGAUUAUGAAGGUGCUCUUAUCGUUUUGAAGGAGGCAAAAUUAGCAGCCAAAUGUCUUAUGUCACUAAAUGGAACUGAGUUCAAGGGCAGGCAUCUCCACUGUGGUACUGUGAGAGACUUGAAAGAUCAUGACCGAAAUCGUAAGGCAACAGCGAAAUCGCAUUUUGUAAAUGCGAGCCGUGAUCAUUUCAUUCAAACUACACUUAGAGAUACAAAUUCUUCACCAAAACUAUCAAAUGAGGACUUCCGUAAAAUAUUUCUCAAUAAAUAG